ACAAAUAGAGCGCGCGCUCGCCUAGCCGAAGGAUCAGCUGAGCUGCAGCAGGUGGCAAAAGUUACACACACCGCAGUGUCUGAAUGUACUGAAACAUUUAUGCACAAUAUGCCAGUGAUGUUUCCAGUAGCAGAAUGUGUGGGCUUCCACACUUUCUUUGGGAAAAUAAGAGACUCCAACAUCACAUUUGUUAUUGACACCUCAGAAAGUAUGAUCUGCCAUCUUGACACCAUCAAAAAGCACCUUUGUGAAGCACUGCUGUCAAAAGCCUACAGUUCCAGUAACUCCCUGUUCAAUAUUAUUGGGUUUUCGCAUAAGGUUACAAAGUGGUGUGACCGUAUGGUGACAUGUUCACCAAACGUAGUGCUCAAUGCAAUGGACUGGAUACGAUCACUUGUCUGUAUGCCUGGCAGAGACUUGCUGCAGGCACUAAUCGCAGCGCUUGAUGAUCCACUCUGUCAGGCUGUUUAUCUGGUAACAGAUGGGCUGCCAAUAAACAACCUGGAGGAAACUGUGCAGGUGGUAUCGUGCAUGUCACAAGGACGUCCUCUUCACAUUUUCUUUCUGAGUGAAAAGCAUUUUGACCAUGAUGUUCAAGACUACUUGCACGAGCUGGCUCGAUACACUAGAGGGAGCUGUCACCUUAUCACUCUUUCUGCAGGAGAAAUUAAGCAGGUGAUUCCUACGUACACCUCUGAAUGUUCAAACACUGGGCCUUUCUACUCAGAUCUGAAGUACUGUAGUGCAAAGGCAACAAUGGCACCCUGUGUAUACAUGGAUUCCCAUCAGUGCUGCUCUGGCCAGGUUUGCAGCCCUUGUCAUGCCACUAGAAGAGUUUAUCAGUUGUGUCCAGUCAGUGUGUGUGAGAAUGCUGACUUCAUAGAGGGUUCUUUGGACUCAAGGCACUUGGCAACAGGCACUCAAGUUCUUGCAAGGCGAGAACCAGAUGGGUUCUACUACCUUGGAAGUAUAAAGCAAGAAAUUGAGGUAAGCUGUAAAUUCCGUAUUGUUAAAUUCUAGAACAGUCAGAUUUCAAGUGUCCACUGGUAGCAAUGAGAAAGUGUGAGAAGGUGUUGCACAAAUGAUUUGAGAAGAGCUGUUUUGAUGCCAUUACCCUACCUGUAUCAGUUAUGUUA